AUGGACCACCUUGUAUACUACGUCAUGGUGCAGCAGAACAGCAUACAACCUAUCAUUGUGAGGCAACCACCCACCGUCAUAAUUCACACGCAGCCGAACCCACCAAUUACGCUAGAUCUGCCCCCACAAAAUAUCAUCCUAAAAAAUGAUGAACCUCAACCUAUCAUAGUUAGACAACAAAAUCCAAACAUCAUCAUGCAAAAGUCAGGGAACGAAUUUUCGGAUAACACCAAUUAUGCCCUAAGCCUCAACCAUCAAAUGAAAGAACUCACCUCUAUGACCAACCUUAAUACGGGAAUUCUCCAAGGGACAAAUGAACCCCUCCUUGGAGUUACUACCCCUGAAAUGAACGAGCUUACAGACCCUGCCAAUAUUUUCUCUAAUCAGUGCAUAACGACUCAAAAUAAAUCUCAGCCUAUGAACAACAUGUAUUUUACCAGUGUCCCUCUCAACAAUGAUGGCAGCUAUUCCCCUUACAACAUGACCCUGUAUGCGAAUAAAAGGGAGGACUACACCCAAAGCACCCCUUCAAAAUAUUAA